CCUCUUUUUUCCCUUCUCAUUCUUUCACAUCUUCCAAGAUCCCUUCGUCAUUGGUGGCAAAAUGGCGAAUUCGUCUUCAGGAAUGGCUGUGAAUGAUGACUGUAAGCUGAAGUUCCAGGAGCUAAAGGCAAAGAGAAGUUACAGAUUCAUUGUGUUCAAGAUUGAGGAAAAAAUCCAAAAGGUGGUGGUUGAGAAGUUGGGGGAUCCAAGUGAAAGCUACGAAGAUUUUACCGCCAGUUUGCCUCCUAAUGAGUGUCGUUAUGCUGUCUACGACUUCGAUUUCACAACUAAUGAAAAUUGCCAGAAGAGCAAGAUCUUCUUCGUUGCAUGGGCUCCAGAUACCUCAAAGGUGAGGAGUAAAAUGUUGUAUGCAAGCUCCAAGGACAGGUUUAGAAGAGAACUGGAUGGGGUUCAGGUUGAGCUGCAGGCAACGGACCCUAGUGAGAUGAGUUUGGACAUUGUCAAACUGCGAGCUCUCUGAACAAUUUCAUUUCCCACUGAAAGCACCCUCUUCUUCUCCGUGCAUGGUUUUGGGGGCCCUUUUUCUACUCAAAAUUGCUAUCAUCCAAAAAAAAAAAAAAAUCUACCACCAUUUAUGUACCAUUAUUUGUUACCAUUUCCAUCGUAUAACCUUUAAACAUGUUGCCUUAUUUCCAACUCAAAGUUGGCUGGCUUAAAAAGCAGUGUGCUGUGCAUCAUGACCCAGUUUCGUUUUGAGUAGAAAUUUCCAUUUUGGAAUUAAGGGAAAGGUCGUGAGUGGGGAGAUCUUUCAAUUUCACCAAUCCUUUAUUAUUAUUUAUUAUCUCAUUUAUAAUUUUAUCCCCUUGAUUUUAACUUGGGCUGAUUUAUAUAUUCUGUAAAUGUAAUGCCCUGCUUUUAAAGAAGGUGUUUGAUUAUUGAUAU